AUGAGGCACUUUAGUCAAAGGAAGCAACUUUCCACCUCAGGCGCUGAAGCACCUGAAGCCACCCUGGAGUCUUCUGCAGAAUGCGAGGAGCAUAUAGACACACGAGGGACCACUCCCUAUGGAUUGCAGCUGUCCCAGGAAACUGAAAAGAGCUGCUACUGCUUGGAUGAGGAAGAGGCACAGGAGGAGGAAGAAGAGCAGAACAGACUCCUUUCAACGUUUGCAUUUGAUCCUGCUUUUUCUUCUGGAACAGCCGCUUCCCCCUCAGUGCUCAACGUUAAUGUUGGCGGCCGAACCUACCAGCUGACAUACCAAGCAGUGGCCACCUAUCCCACGACCCGCCUUGGCCGCUUAGUUACUUCCACCGAUCGCCGUUGCCAGCUGGGCCUCUGUGAUGACUAUGCGGCUCAGGGGGAUGAGUAUUUCUUUGACCGAGACCCUGCAGUUUUCCAGCUGGUCUACAACUUCUAUGCUUCGGGAGUGUUGCGGGUACAAAAUGAGCUGUGCCCCCGCAGCUUCUUGGAGGAGUUGAGCUACUGGGGAGUCCGUCUCAAGUACACUCCCCGCUGCUGCCGUAUCUGCUUUGAAGAGAGAUGCGAUGAGCUGAACGACCAGCUGAAAGUCCAGCAGGAUCUCCGUGCUCAGGCAGCCGCGCAGGACAGUGAGGAUCUCUUCCGCCACAUGCGCUACUCCACACAACGGUGGCGCCUCUGGAACCUCAUGGAGAACCCCUUCUCUUCCACCAUGGCCAAAGCUAUGGGGGUUGCCUCCAGUUUCUUUGUUCUCAUAUCUGUGGUGGCCCUUGCUCUCAAUACAGUCGAGGAGAUGCAGCACAAGGACAAAACCACUGGAGAGAUGCGGCCAGUGUUGGAGCACGUAGAGACCUUCUGCAUCGCCUUCUUUACUCUAGAGUAUAUACUGCGGCUGGUCUCUACCCCUGACUUACAUCGCUUUGCUAGUAGUGCUCUCAAUGCUGUGGACCUCAUUGCUAUCUUGCCCCUCUACCUUCAGCUGUUGCUAGAGCUUUUUAUCGAUGAGACCCAGGCUCAUGGGCGAGGGUCCCAGCAUGAACAUGAGAUUGAGAAAGUGGGGCGAGUGGGAAAAGUAGGGCAAGUUCUACGCAUCAUGCGUCUUAUGCGCAUUUUCCGCAUUCUGAAGCUAGCCCGCCAUUCCACAGGGCUUCGAGCCUUUGGCUUCACUUUGCGCCAGUGUUACCAGCAAGUGGGUUGUCUCUUGCUCUUCAUUGCCCUGGGCAUCUUUGCCUUCUCAGCCAUGGUCUACACUGUGGAGCAUGAUGUUGUUAGCACAAACUUCACCAGCAUUCCUCAGGCCUGGUGGUGGGCUGCCGUCAGCAUUUCUACUGUGGGGUAUGGAGACAUGUAUCCAGAAACUCACCUUGGACGGCUGUUUGCAUUCCUCUGCAUCGCUUUUGGAAUAAUUCUGAAUGGAAUGCCCAUCUCUGUCCUCUACAAUAAAUUCUCAGACUACUACAACAAGCUGAAAGCAUAUGAGUAUACAGCUAUACAGAAAGACAGAGGGAAAGUGGAAUUUAUGCAUCGGGCCAUAAAGAAAAUGUGCUAUGCAAAGAGAUCAGCCCCAUUACCAAGCCACAGAUACAAUUAAUAUUCCAGAAAGAGCAGAAGGAUCGGGAUAUACUUAGAUAUGGCAUUAACUGGUUCAUUUAAAAAGAGAGAUUUGCAUGCAGUUCCUCUCUCUUAUUAGUCUGGUUAAUAAAGAUUCCAACUUAAAUUCAAA